AUUAAUAAAAAGUAGUUGACUUUUUUUAGAAAAUUCUGUUAUAUAUAAAGCAUAAGAUAUAUUUAGAAGAUCAUAAUGCUGGAGGAUACUAUUCUUAUUGUAUUCAUUGCUUUGGCAACUGCACUUCUAAGUGAAGGGUUAUCCUAUGUUCUUAUUUACCGAACAGAACACUACAAAAAGCUGUCUGUUGAAGUUGAAAAGAAUACAAAAAAACUUGAAAAGAAAAAGGAAGCCAUAAUAGAUAUUUCAAAACAAAGUGGUCAAAAAAAAAAGAUUGAACGUGUAGAAGAAAAAUUAAAAAAUCAAAAUCGGGAUUUGUCAAUGGUUAAAAUGAAGUCAAUGUUUGCUAUCGGUUUUACUUUUACAGCACUUAUGGGAAUGUUUAAUUCUAUCUUUGAUGGAAGAGUGGUUGCAAAGUUACCAUUUAGUCCAAUAUCUUGGUUUCAUGGACUUUCGCAUCGCAACAUUCGAGGAGAAGAUUUUACUGAUUGUUCUUUUAUUUUUUUCUAUAUAAUUUGUACCAUGGCUAUACGUCAAAACAUUCAAAAAAUAUUGGGCUUUAUGCCAUCUCGAGCAGUUAGUAAGGCUGGUGGUGGAAUGUUUUCUCCUCCCUCUGUCCCUAAAUAAACUUUAUUUAUAAUUUAGGUAUUUUUCUUCAAGAAGAGAAUUGAAUGUUAUCUUGUA